AUGGCAUCCAACGCAGCAAACAGGAAGAUAUCGCGUCAGGAAGUUGCCAAAAAUAACACGGAGGACUCGUGCUGGUGUAUUAUCGACCAUAAAGUCUAUGAUUUGACCGACUUCCUCGAUGCGCACCCGGGUGGAAAUGUCGUUCUCACCCAGAUUGCCGGCACAGACGCUACGACCGCUUUCUACAACCUGCACAGACACGAGGUGCUGCAGAAAUAUGCCAACCUUUGCAUCGGCACUGUCGAGAACGAAGUGCCUGAAGUGGUGGACCCGCAGCCUGGCGAUCUCAGCAAGGUUCCAUAUGGGGAACCAGUCUGGCUAUCCCCGAUCUACAAGAGUCCUUACUAUAAUGAGUCGCAUCGCAGGUUACGAAAGGCCGUGCGGGAGUUUGUUGAUAUACACGUGUAUCCGGAAGCGCAGGAGAAGGAGAUUGAUGUUGCGCAGGAGCUGGCGCGGGCAAAUGCUCGAGGGUUCCAGGACGGUAACAUGGCUGGCAUGAUGAUUUCUUUGUCUGCCGUACGGCAGUGGCUGAAGAAUAAGGAUCUCCGCGACAGGGUCACGGAAGAGUGCUUGUCUGGGAAGAAAUUUAUGUGCCUGGCCGUCACGGAAGCGUUUGCUGGAUCCGAUGUGGCGGGUAUCCGCACAACAGCGGAGAAAACUCCUGAUGGCAAGCACUAUAUAAUCAAUGGCACGAAGAAAUGGAUAACCAACGGCAUGUGGGCGGAUUACUUCGUUACAGCUUGCAGGACUGACAAGGGAUACUCCGUCAUCCUCAUCCCCCGCGACAAUAACGUUGAGACCAAGCGGAUCAAAACCUCCUACUCCACCACUGCAGCCACGGCCUUUAUCCAAUUCGACAACGUCAAGGUCCGCGUUGAAAAUUUGCUCGGCGAAGAACACAAGGGCUUCAUCGUGAUCAUGAGCAAUUUCAAUCACGAGCGCUGGGCGAUGACCUGCGGCGUCACCCGCUGGUGCCGCACCAUCGUUGAAGAGUGUCUCAAGUGGGCGAACCAGAGAAUCGUCUUCGGCAAACCCCUUAUCAACCAGCCCGUCAUCCGACAGAAAUUGGCCAAGAUGAUCUCUCUUGUCGAGGCGUCGCAGUCCUGGCUGGAAACCAUCACGUAUCAAAUGUGCAGCAUGAGCUAUGGAGAGCGAUCGAGGCACCUUGGUGGUCCCAUUGGACUUCUCAAGUCGUAUUCGACGCGCUGCGCGCAUGAGAUUGCAGACGAUGCCGUUAAUAUCUUUGGUGGCCGGGGCAUAACGCAGACUGGAAUGGGCAGAGUUGUGGAGCAGUUCCACCGUACUUACAAGUUCGAUGCGAUUCUUGGUGGUGCGGAGGAGGUUUUGGCAGAUUUAGGCGUUAGACAGGCUAUGAAGCAAAUGCCCAAGGCGAUGCUGUAA